AUGGGAACAUGUUGUUCGUGUCAUACGGGUGGUAGGUUCGUAAGUAAUUACCUCGAAGAUGAAAGACGAAUCGGAGAACACGAAGAUGGUGAUGGAAUUGUACUUAGAGGUGAUGCGGGUGCACGAAUCCGACUGCAGGGCUCGUCUAAAUACGCAUCGAUGUUCAGCAUGCAAGGCAAAAAGGGGAUCAACCAAGAUGCAAUGACUGUUUGGGAGAGCUUUUCAGGGGACAAAGACAUGUUCCUAUGUGGCGUGUUCGACGGGCACGGGCCCUCGGGCCACAAAGUGGCCCGAUACAUUCGAGACUUACUACCGACAAAAAUAUCAAAGGUGUACCGGCAGCCGUGCGUAGAAUGCAAGGUCACAGAAAUCCGAGAAUGCCGAGAAAAUCCAGAAUCUAAAAACCCGUUAUUCCUUUCGUGGAAAGCGCGACUAACCAAGUGCUUUCACGAAAUGGAUGAGCAGCUUGAGGGAGAAGCCUCGAUCGAGAGCUACUGCAGUGGCACGACUUCCGUUUGUGUUCUUCGAAAGAUAUGGGACGUGUUGUCGAACGACGAGGUUGUACAGAUAGUCGGGUCGUCAAGGAGGCGGGCCGUUACAGCUAAGAUGCUGGUGGAGCAGGCCCGGUGGGCAUGGAGAUACAAGUUCCCACGGUCCAAGAUCGACGAUUGUGCAGCCGUGUGCCUGUUCUUCAAGAGCCAGAGGCCUUUCCUAUCAAAAUCCGUCUCUGAAAAGACGCAUUUGUCCCUGAACUAUGCCGAACUCGACGUGAGAAGCUAUGCCGGCAGCAUGCAGAGUAACGAUGCCCUCGACACGGUCUUGAACUGCAAAGUCGAUGAGGAAAGCCCGGCCCGAGAUGAAAACGGGCCUCCCGACGAGAAGGGUUCAUCUGGUUUGGUUCGUCCGAGGAGGAAGAGGCACGAGAGGGAGCUGAAGGAUGUUGAGGAGUGA